AUGUCUGAGAUUCUUACCCCGCCAGCGUCAUCCGUGGCGCCUUCUCAGCACGCGUCACCUCUUCCACAACCACGCAAACACCCACUGAAGCCUGGCGGGCCGAGAGAAUCUGACUUGAUACGAUACCUCGACCAUGGUGUCAACAGAAUCCAGAAGCGAGUGGACAAUCGCAUGACGAAUCGCAAACUCAAGCCUGUACCGGGCGAGGAGGAGGGAUACAAAGCGUUUUGGGAGGUCGCGAAAGAUCUCGACGGCCUAGUAGAUGUUGUCUGGGUAUCUGGGUCACCCAAUCUCCAAGUUCCCUACCUACUGAACUUCGCCGUCCUCACCGCCGACUUCCUCCCUCUCUUCGGGUCCUCAACGCGUUCUGCCCAGUCUACCUUCCGCCUCCUUUCGAAGCUCGACUACGCCUUCUCUUCCCUACUCACUGGCCACGACACUGCGUCUGGGGAAUAUCUGCCUGGCUUUGAGAACGGCCGCACAAUCACUACAACAGACAAAGUUCGCUUGAAGGGUGUUGUAGAUCGGACUCGGCUUACCGUCACACGAGUCAUGAGCGGGGACAGUGUAGUCGGCGACGAGGAUGACGUUGGUGAGGCCAUGGAUACUGAUACCGAAGGAGAGGGCGAGACAGGUGGACGUCAAGACACCGUGACCUUUGAAGGUUUUGAAAAUAAUGACGACGAUGAGGAAGACGACGAAUGGGAAGAGCGUGGUGUUGCGAGUGUGUAUGAGAAGACAAUAGGCGAGCUAGGCGAUGUCCUAGGCGGCCCACCGAUUGGUAUCAUCACUGAUGAUUGGGGCGUCAAUGGCACUGAACAGCAAAGAAGUGGUGGUGGCUUCGUCGAGUCUGGGAGUGAGAUAGAGCUGUGA